AUGUUUAAAAGAUAUUUUUACAAAAUAAUCCAUAAUCUAAGAAUAAGAACAUAUUGGUAGAACUAUAAUGUUUCUCAUUUAGGAUGAAAAUAACUUUAAUCACUUUUCGCUAUCGCAAUUAAUUAAAUAAGUAAUAAAAGUUUGAUUAAAUAAGAUCAAAAUGUCUAAAACACCUACCAAAAACUCUGAGUCGGUGUUUUUUGGCCCGAAAGAACUGUUAACGCCAAAUAAAGAUCCGACGGGAAUAGUAAAAACUGUUUUUACGCAAAUAUCUAACAUACAUAGGCUUUUAAAUCAAUGGUUUAGAGUUAUUGAGAAAGGGACGGAAUUCGUAAGAUUAAUAUGUGCAUUAAAAUUACAUGAGUAUCGAGCGGACUAUUACCCACAACAAUUAAAAAGAUUAAUGGAGGAUCUUUUAGAAGCCAAAAAUGUAUUAAAGGACAUAGUUGAAAGUGUUGAUAUCAUCAAUAAGCAAGUUCAAGUAUUACCAAAACUGCAUUCAACAGGUUUGCCAGUAAUGAACACAUGGCUAGCUCCACACUUUGCAUCUCAAGUGUUAACUAUGUACACAUCAUUGUGUAAGGAAUUUAAACUGAAAGAAGUUGUAACAGAAAACAUUGCACACUGCAGAGAUGAGAAAUUAAUUGAAGUGUAUGCCAGCGCAUGGGAAUAUACGAUGUAUAUAAAUAUGGAAUCUGUCGCUUAUAUGUUUGCUGAAAUUGGUUUGAGUAGUAUUAAAAAAGAUGUUAAGUAAUCAAUUUUGUUUAUUUUCUACUAGCUG